AUGCCACAGCAUCAAUGUGGAUUUGGAGCUCUUCUGCACCCAUACCAUCUUACAAAUAUUGCUCUCAGUAUCUUCUUCGUCGUUUCGAAAAUUACACCGCGAAUAUGUUCAUUCCUCUAUGAUACUUGCAGUUUGCAAGUGCAAGAAUAUGAACUUCUUAUAUUCUUGGGCAGCUUCAUCACGUUACGCAAUAAACGCCAAUUUUCGAUCCCUGAUUAUUUUGCACAUUUUUGUCUGUUUGCAAAAAUAUGCAAUCUUAUUAUGCUUUGGCGUCAGUCUACUUCUUAUUCUAUUGUAUAUGGGGUUUUUUGGUUACUUCAAACAACGUUUCUCCACCAGCCAGCAUAUGAUGGCCCAGACAAGGUGCUCUAUUUCCGCGACACGACCUUCGAAGAAGAAGUACUUCGUCUAGAUUCACGUGUUACUUGGCUAAUUGCUUUUUACACUGCUUGGUCUCCCGCUUGUAUUAAAUUGGCUCCUAUUUUCUCGGAAUUAUCUUCUGAGUAUGGUUUGCCAAACCUUAAAUUUGGAAAAGUAGAUGUAACUAGGUUCCCAGAAUUAGCUCGUAGUCAGUCUAUCGACACGUCUACCUGGUCGCGUCAGCUUCCAACCAUCAUUAUAUUUCGUGGCGGUCGUGAGAUUGAUAGGAGACCAGGCAUAAGUGCUAAAAAUAAAUCAGUCCAGAAGUUUGUAUUUUCUUGGUCAAACAUAGUUCAAUCGUUUUCACUCAACAACCUAUAUCAAGAGUGCAAAAAACACCCAGUUCCUUCGACUAAGUGUCCACAACCUAGCGAAACGAAGCGGAUUACUAAUAAUUGCGGUGCAACUGUAGCCGAAAUGGAACCAAAAAAAGAAAAAUAA